GGCAGCAUGUCAGUGGCACAGAGCUUCCUUAGCUGUUACACAAGACAAGGAGCAGCAUUUGGAGCAUCAUUUUCAUCCUGAAACCUGCAAGCUCAGAUGGGAGCAACAGUGCCAUAAAGAAAUGGGCUAGUUAUUUCCAGCUAGUGAGACCUGGGAGUAUUGUACACCAAAAGUGUUCAUAAAGAUCAGCACUAUGACUGAUGGGGACUAUGACUAUCUGAUCAAACUCCUAGCCCUGGGGGAUUCUGGGGUUGGGAAGACAACAUUCCUUUACAGAUACACCGACAACAAAUUCAACCCAAAAUUCAUCACAACAGUAGGAAUAGACUUUCGGGAAAAACGUGUGAUAUACAAUAGCAGAGGACCAAAUGGAUCUCCAGGAAAAACCUUUAAGGUCCAUCUACAGCUUUGGGACACCGCUGGGCAGGAAAGAUUUCGAAGUCUCACCACAGCAUUUUUCAGAGAUGCCAUGGGCUUUUUAUUAAUGUUUGAUCUCACCAGUCAACAGAGCUUCUUAAAUGUCAGAAACUGGAUGAGUCAACUGCAAGCCAAUGCAUAUUGUGAGAAUCCCGAUAUAGUAUUACUUGGUAACAAGGCUGACUUAUCAGAUCAGAGGGAAGUCAAUGAGAGACAAGCACGAGACCUUGCAGAUAAAUAUGGCAUACCAUACUUUGAAACAAGUGCAGCUACUGGGCAAAACGUGGAUAAAGCUGUGGAAAUGCUCCUGGACUUGAUAAUGAAGCGCAUGGAACAAUGUGUUGACAAGACACAAGUAUCUGACACAGCCAAUGGAGGAAGCUCGGGGAAGCUAGAUUCAGCAAAGCCAGAGGAGAAGAAGUGUGCCUGCUAGACUUCACUCUAAACUGUGAGAACCAAUACAAAUAUUUGAUCUGAAAAUGGCUGAUUUACCACUAAAUUCAAACCUGGCCAUGCACAGAAACAAAGUUGUCUUGUUUGGGUUUUUGUUCUCCAGAGAACUGAGUUUUCAGGGAGGCUUCUGUGCUGGAACUAAUAUUCCUGAUAUGGCACCAUGGAAGAUCUAAAAGCGCCCUCAUCUUAAUACAAUCAGGCUAGAAAAUGUAGGAGAGAUGUUCCCUCCUACUUUGGAAGGAGAAAACUAUUGUUUGUAUGGGGGGAGGAGGGGAAAGAUAAAUAAUUUGGAUAUCAUGAUAAACUAAAAAGGGAGUACUUUGUUAGGUCUCUGUCUUAAUUGAAUCUUGCUUCUUUAUACUAUUUUGUAUUUACAUCAGAGACCAUGCAUCUGCUAAAGUGGAGAUAUGAGUAAAGAGAAUGUUAUGUGGUGUAUUACUUGCACAAAGCAAGUAAUGGUGUGACUGACUGACUGAUAAUAAGCUAUGUGUGAGGAGAAAGGGGUGGAGGCUAUUUUUAAAAAAAAUAAAACCAGGGAAACGUGCAACAUUAUUUGUGUUGCUCGUAAAUAAUCAAACGGGCUUUGGAGGAUGAGGGGGGAUAGGGAGAAGAUGCUCAAAUUCCAGCACUACAUGGAAAAGUGGCAACACUUGCUGUUUGAGGCCAGCAGAAUGCAUUUCGUGGUGUGUCUUACAAAUUUCACUAUAAGCAAAAGCACUCUUUGCUAGUCAGAAAAAUUCAGUGUUCAACACCAGAAAACAGGCUGUGUGCAUCAGGUAGGGUGUGCACGGGGAAUUGUGAAAAUGGUGUCACUGUCUAAAAGAGUUGCAAAAAUUGUAUAGCACUUACUGAUCCUCUAAAAAGUUAUUGAGUUGUUGACUGGGAACUCACCACCUGCCAUGAUUGUGUGAUGUUGCCAGUAUGCUUUGCUUUCAAAUGAGCACAAUUUUCGCAUAUACAAAAUAGACUAGAAAGUGACCCUCCUUGUAAAAUACUUGAGUGGGGAAUUGGAAUGCCAACAUAUUAAAUGUGAUCUAACACUAGAUAAAAUGUAUUGUAUUGUGUAGAGCCUAUAGAAGUGGGGUGCUAUGGCAGGUAAUUAGAAGGCACCACCAGUUGCAUUAAAAAGUAAAGCAGGAAGGUAAAAUGUGUAAUUUUUUGUAUUGUCUCAGUGUAUCUGAGUGUGGCUGAGAGAAGGAAUGAGAGUUCUUCUACAACAGCAUGUCUCUCUCUCAUCACUGGCUUCUCAUUUAAAAGCAGAGAGUAUAAGAAAAUAUUUAGGGUUUACUUCUAUUAAAUAGGUAAGGAUCUAACAAGAUGUUCUAAGGACUCCAUGAAUUUGUACUUCCAGACUAAUUUUUAAAAAUCACUCCAGGGAAAAAUGUUUCACAGACGAGCUCUACCAAAGAGCAAAACUAAAUUGGUUGGGUUGGGGGAGAUGGUGGAAGGGAGGCAGACUUCUGCUGCUUUAAAAUUAAAUCAAAUGUGAGGGUUUUCAGUUUUAGUUUUUGAAGUACUGUGAUUUUGAACCAAUUAAGCUUACCAGGUGGCUAGUCCACAAACUAUCUGAUUCAAUACCUUUUUUUUGAAAAAUAUUGAGGGUUUACCAGCUGCUUUGGUGACUGGACAGCACACUUCCUGCCCAUCCCUCCCAAUGAUACUUACUGAAAGAUUUGGCAUGUAGACAGGGCAGAUGGUCUGACAAUAAGGGAAGCCAUUUUUGUAAGGUGAGUAACCAAAUAGCCACUAUAAACAAAUCGGAGAAAAAAUUCAGUUUGCUAAGUGUCUAAAUGAAGACAUACCCUAUGCAGCAAGUUCUGAAAUACCUGCUGCCCUUUUGUAAGCCAAAGCACACGUUACGCAUGAACUUCAGUGGCUGCAAGACAGCCACUGUUAUAAUUGGUAGCUAUUGCCUAGGCAAAGAUUAUAAAUAGUUGAAGUAGGCUGUUUAAACUUCAAGCACAGUCCCACAAAAUAAAUUGAGGGAAACUGAGUUACUGGAGUUUCUCUUCCUUUUUAAUACUAAACAAUACCAGAGCUUUGUUCAGCUAAGUCCUCCAAAGACUGUGAUAAGGGUGGGAAUGGUUGUAACCUGGGAUUUCCUGCCUCCUCAUUUUUUAAAAUCCUCAACCAUGUAGAAUCAGUACUUAAUUUACAGUAUCUGGUUUUGCCCAUUCAAACAGGGUGAGGAGCCUAGUUCAGAAUAGCUCACUUAUUUACUUUCAGUAUGAAUACAUUUCCUAAAGUGACAUAAGUUGGUGUUUAGAGUCUUAAAGUUGUUAGAGAAUUCUAAUGGCUGUUGCUAGCCAACAGAAUAGUGAGUUAGGGAGACUACUGCAUGCAAAGCUGUGAGGAGUUCAUACCCCCAAUUACAAAGCAGCCUAAAGAUGCUGAAUCACCCCCACUUAACAGUAUCCCCGUUUUGGCCAGCACGCUUGAAAACAUGACUUUUGCCCUCAUGUUAUCCAAAGUAGACUGCUCUACAGCAGGACCCUAUAGUCCUCCCCAUUAAACUCCAUUGCCUGACAACUCCCAAGGAAAAGGACUGUCUCAGAACUGGCCUGCUAAAUUGAACUGUUCUAAGACAUUCCACUGCUUGAGGGUUGAAUGUGUAACAAUCACAACUUGAGAACGGUAGGCAGUUGAGUAUGGUAUAGUAUCUAUUGCCUUAAUGUACUAGCUCAUCCAAAAAGCUCUCAUCAAUUUUUAAUUAUCACUGUCUUGCUGCCGCCAUAAAUUAUUUUCAGAUAUUAAUAUGGAUGGGCUGGUAGCCACCAAACCAUAGUGUGGAGGGAGGGGAGGGGGGGGAAAGUAAAUCUAUACCUUACCCCUUAGAUACACUGGAAGUUUUGCAGGGUAGCAUUCAACUUGUAUAAAAAAUAAACUCCAAUCAGCUACGAACUGCUUUGUAGAACUCCCCAGAUUCAUUUUCUCCACAAGAAACUGGAUAACUUGCUUAUUUCUUACGUCUCCCCACUUCCUCACACCCUUCUUGUUCCUCCUAACCACUGUUUUUAGGGUCACAUUCUAGUGGAGAGAAGGCUGCUAUAUUCGUGUAAUAGCCUUUUGGGCCUUAUCCUAACUACGGAGCAGGUGCAAUUCCCCAUUCCCUUCAAUGGGUGAUUGAGAUGCUGAGGAAUCACUCCUUUAUGUCAGUGAAGAUGUCUCCAUUGCUGCACGCGAUGGAAGUGUGAAAGUUCCCAUGCUAGUGUCCUUUUACUGUAAGCUACCCUGAAAUGCUUAUCUUGAGAACAGUGUGUCUUAAGCUCUUAAAGUGCCUGUAUCCAGUGGAACUCUAAUGUAGUGAAGUCUUACCCUACUGCCCCAGCUCCUAUACUCCUUAACCCCUUCCUCUAAGAAAAGAGGGGGCAGGGCUGCAGUUGCAGUUUGAAGCCUUUUCGAUUUUCACUCACUGGAGGUUCACUAUGCACAGAUCCCACUCAGUAAUUUUUCCAUAACUGAUAGCUUACUGAGCUGACAAUACCGAGUGACAUAUGACUGGUUGUGACUCAUUGUUUGUGCAACUAUUAGUUUCCAAUGUCCAGGUGGCAGCUGAGACAUUAAUAGAAUAGUUCAAUUUCUACACAGAUGCGAUGAUGAAGUAGAGAGAACUCAGUCCCUUGCCAUGACACUACUGUUUACCAGUUCAAACUUUUAGGUAUUCAUUCUGAAUUGCUACAGAGUCUAGCAGUUGCAAAACCUGUUUUUACACCAAUAUUCUUUGGAGAACUGCAUUUGAGCAUAAUCCUUCCUUCAAAUACCCCCAGGACCACAUGGCCCUAAAAUGAAUUCACUUUCAUGUACCAUGUCCAGCAAAGAGUGACCACUCUCAUUUUCAAGUAAUCUAGACUCCAGUAUUUCAAUUUUGCUAUUGCAUAAAUUAUGUGGUUCACAGUUAGAUGAGAAGCUCAACAUCUGCUUUAUGUACAAACACAGAAGGCUUGUAGCUUGGUUAACUAUCCCAAGGGUAUUGGAACAAUGACUCCUGCAGUUAUACAUGCGUAUACAUAAGUACUUAAUAUCAGUAUAAACCUUCUGCUCCUGCUAACCUUUGUUUUUAAAUUUAAUUCACACAUUGUUCCCUGUGUCCUGCUGGUUUCUGUCUCCUCUCCUAGAAAUGUGUGCCUUCCUCCAAAAUUCCCUUCCUUAAUACCCUUUUUGUAACACGCUUCUAGGCCAGUGGUCUCCAAACUUUUUUUGAUUGCAUACCCCAUCAGUGUAAAAAUUUUGAGCACGCACCCUCUGCCGUGCCAAAGCGCGCGCACACACAAAAAAAAAAAGCCGCUCGGACUCCCGCCCGAACUGCCGAAGCGCGCAAAAAAAAUAAAUAAAAAUAAAAAAAGCUGCUACUCCUGCCGCGCCCCCACUUCAGACACCACUGCUCUAGGCAGUGCUCAUUUGAGUUUGCAGUUAUACAUGGCGCUAUGCAUAAACCAACCCUGAGCAUGGUAAUUACUUAAUCAAGGAAUGACAUGCAGCACCCAGCAUGACAAUACUGCCAAACCUAUAUAGUUCUGACUUUCAAGGACUCUGUUGCUGGAUUUAAUAUGCUGAUUUAUUUUUAAUUGUUGGAUUUGAAUCCGGUAUGUCUUUAAAUUCAUCAUCUCUCUUCUUAGGUAACCUCCAGGCUUUAUACAAAUCAGAGGUCAUCAGAUUUUUGUCUUUCAUCUGUUUUCUUGAUCAUCUCCAUCCAUGCUCAAUUCACUUUUUGAUUUACUGUAGUGUCAGAAAUCAUUUCUGAGCUCCAGGUAGUAGUCCAUUAUUUCUUCCUGAUCUACAAGUAUUUUGUCCUUCUAAUCUCAAACAUGAAUGUAAAAAUGUGACAUUGCUUAAUACACUAAGCAACCACAGCGUUGUAUGAAGAUUUAUUUUAGAAUGUAUUUAUUAUAUAUUAUAAAAAUCUUUAUUUCUGUAGCCUUCACCCCAGCCUUCACUUCCAUCUGUUGAGGUGGAACAAUGGGUAAGAAGAAUACCAGUGCAGACGGGUAAAUACACUUGUCUUAAAGUCAUUGCUUUAAGCUUCUGAAAUAAGUGGUGCUCUGCUGCAUGAAAACUGCCAUUUUGAGAGUCCACAAAACUUCUUUAGGAAAUAUUUUAGACAAGCCUUCCUUCCCAGCCACGCCCCAAAGCUGAAAGUCCUCUUAGCCAAAGUUACUCUUUUUAUUCCAUAUCUUAUUUGUUCUAAAUUAGUCUUAUUUUCUACCUCUAGCCUGGAUUUUAAGGGUGUUCCAAAUGUAUCUGUGGGGAAAAAUGAAGGAAGGCUGGUGUGGUGGUACUUGAAUCAAAAACUUCUUUUCAAAUAUAGAAACCAUUUCUGCAGUGAGUUUACACUGGGCAUGUUUACAUUGCUCUAAAAUGAUGUCUCAGCUACUUCUGUGAUCAAAAGCUUCUUAAAUCCUUCAUUGUCGCCUAUGGAAUCUGCAUGUUACAAGGCGUCCUCUACAGGUGACAUUGUCCUCAGGACAGGAGCCCAAACAUGGACCAGUGCACCACUUAAAUCUCAAAAUUUAAGGGUUCACAUGGUGCAUAGGUUUUUCCAUAGUGACAUCGUCAAGGGGGUUGAGUCUGUCUCUAAGAUUACCCCUAGAUUCUAGACCUGGCAUAAAAUGUUCACCAGGUCUCCAGCUCAGCAAAGCGUUUAAGAGUAUGCCAAUGUGCUUUCCUGAAUCAGGAGCUGAAGCACUUUUAUGGAGAGAAUUAGAACUGCCAGAGUAGAAUAACCAGAGUUCAAAUAAUCCUUAAAAAUGCAAUUGUGUAGAAAAUACUUACUUUUUUGAACUAUGGAAGUUUGUGAACAGGGUGUUUUUUGUUUUGUGGGGUGUGCGUUUUACCAUCCAGUGAUUUGAAAAACUUAAAUCAGCACUAGGGAAAAUGUUAAGUGUUUUUUUUCAUUAACUUGCCUCAAAGAUUGGUUGCAGCCUUUACAUGAUAUCAGUAUAAAUCAUAUGCUUAAGAGCAUAGCCACUCACCUGUUUGUGUGUGGCAGCACCACUGCCUAUCCUGAACUGUUACAGGAUUAAACUCCUACUCAAGGUGACAGCAAAAAAAAGUUUGAACUUAAAAUGCUCUUCGACGUUUUGUUGUUGACAUACUUUACAUCAUUAUGAAACCUACUAUUAGCCUCCCCUUUUUUUGUAAAAUAAAUCCAUCUGUCUAACUUUCUAUGCUAAUUCUCUUGUUCUAAUUCUGACCUUUCCCCCCAAAAUUAGAAUGCAAAACAAUCAAUCUUAAACUGCAUAGGGUGGAGAAUUUACUGCAAUUGUCACUGUCAAUUUAUAUAAGCCCCAAAUGCUAUCUUCCUUUGGGGAGUAUAAAUCCCAUGUUUCCUCUUUAGAGCAUAUCCUUUUAUGUUUAAAAAGAUAGUGUUAUCUCUGAAAAUAUAUUGGGUAUCCAAAGAUAUACUUGGGUUACUAAUAGCCUAGGCAUGUUUUUAACUAAAACUUGCUUACAUAAAUAUAUAAAAUUCCUUGUAUAUGAUACCAUAGCCCUUGAAGGCAAGAAAGCACUUUUCUGUUGCUUGACCUAGACUCUCUCUCUUUAAAAGAUGUGAAAAGGAGCAUAGAUAUUUCAUUUUUCUUGUAGUUGAUCAUAGGUGCCUCUUCAGCUGUUACUCCCAUAUUUCCAUGAUUAUGUAGAUGAGACUGAUGUUGGAUAUGCUGUACCAAAAAUCCACAAUUAAAUCACUUGUCUUACAACAUGUAGUUGAGAGAAGCUGCUGUUUUGCUAUACUGCUAAUUUUGUAAAAUCUGUUGCCUUAGAAAUAUUUCGUGAAGGCUAAAUCUUAGUUAACACUUUGAAUAUGUAAAGAAUUAUCAAACACUUGUUUAGACUUUAGAGAACACUGGGCCAUAUGACUAACUUUAAAAAAAAGAUAUAUAAUAGAGAUAUUUUGAUACCUGCUUGACAGCAAAUAUUUCAAAACCUGUUUCACUUAAAGUGGAGAGCAUCUCCUAAAAUUAAUACUAUAAGGCUUACAAAUAGAUCCCUUGAUCAACAUCCAGCCUCUAGAGACAUAGAACCAAAAUAUCCAGCUAGAACUGUACUUCCAAUAGUAAUCAAACCUAGUUGUGAGUUGUCUUCAGACACGUAAACAAUUCUACUUUCUUCAAUGGAGUCACUUGUAUGAGUGGUGCCAUGAUUGAAAGAUCCUGGUAAUUCGACAGGAAACAGAAAUUAGCAACUGCUACACUAGUACAGGAACAAAACACUAUAUAGAGAGAUUGAUUUCAGGCCUCAUUCUGAUUUUGCUCAAAACCCCAUUUUUACACUGGUGUAACUCCAAAGAUGUCCACGUGAAUCAAGUAAGACCAGGCUUGCAAUGUCUUUUUGGUGUAUUUUCAAUAGGAAGCGGUUUUCAUAGCUACUUUCCUGUCAUCAAGAGCAUGUAAGCCAUCUGCUCUACGCCCCUCCCUUCACUGCAUAUAGGACAAUUUUUGGACAGGAAACUAGGCAGUCAGCUGAGAACCAUCCCUCUGGCUGUUGGACAGAUCUGUUUUUAGAUAUAUUUUUUUUUUCCUUUGUCUAUAUUCUCUAGUUCAGGAAAAUACAGAUGGUAACUUCAUUGUGUGCUUUUUUGUAUGGUAAUUUAAAAACUGAAAAUAUUCUUUAGCAAGCAUACCCUAAAGGUGUCAAGCCUCAUUACUCACUAGGGCUUUUAAUGUAUAUACUGUAAACUCUGAUACCAAUUGUAUCUUACUGGACCUUAUUUAUGGAAGUUAAAUUGUUCUUUGAUUUUGUUAAGGGUAACCAGCCGACAAAUGCUAACCAUGUUUUAUUGUUACCUUUUUAAAUGUUCUGUUAUGUUACCUUAAGCAUGUUUUAUGUUUGUCUUUGCAACAGAUCUGUAAACGUUAUACCUAGUGAUAUGAAUGUGAUUUUAAACUCUUGAACAUAGUAUUUUUAUUAUGUAUGCCCCUUAAUAGACGGUGGUGCCUGCAUAACACUGUUAACAUUAUUUUGUUGUACCAACUUACAGGUGGCUUCAAAAUAUAUUGUCAAAUGAUUCUCUGGUGUCUGGGUUUGUAUGAUAUGGUCAAGGAAUGUAAUCCUGUGAUUGUUUCUGCACUGUUCUUUUCAAAAUAAAAACGCAUUUUAUA